AUGGAGGACACAGUUGUGCGACCUUCGGUGUUCACGGUGGACGGACAGACCGACAUCCCAUUCAGGAGGCUGGGGCACAGGCGUCGGAGACGGCCCUGCAGUGCAGCCCAGCUGGGCCUGGGCCUCCUGCUGCUGCUGCUGGCCGCCGGGUUGGCCGUCCAGGGCUGGUUCCUGCUUCAGCUGCACUGGCGCAUGGGGGCGAUGGUCACACCCCUGCUGGACGGAGAUGCGGAAUCCUGGAAGCAGGUGAUGCAAGAGCGGAGGUCCUACCAGACCAACCCAGCCGCACACCUUACAGGAGCCAACUCCAGCCUGACGGGCAGUGGGGGCCCGCUGCUCUGGGAGACGAAGCUGGGCUUGGCCUUCUUGAGGGGCCUCGGCUACCGCGAGGGCUCCCUGGUCAUCGCCCGGGCCGGCUACUACUACGUCUACUCCAAGGUGCAGCUGGGAGGCGUGGGCUGCCCUCCCGGGCUGAGCGGCAGCCUGCCCAUCACCCACGGCCUCUACAAGCGCACACCCCGCUACCCCGAGGAGCUGGAGCUGCUGGUCAGCCGGCGGUCCCCCUGCGCGCGGGGAGCCAACUCCCGCGUGUGGUGGGACAGCAGCUUCCUGGGGGGCGUGGUGCACCUGGACGCCGGUGAGGAGGUGGUGGUCCGCGUGCCCGAGGAGCGCCUGGUCCGACUCCGCGACGGCACCCGCUCCUACUUCGGGGCUUUCAUGGUGUGAAGGAGGGAGUGACUGCAGAUCACGGGGGUUGGACAGGCAGCGGGACC